AACAUAUGAGUGUGGCACCAACUGGGAAGGCUGAGGUAAAAGCUGAGUCAGCUCAGUCUACCCAGGUGAACUUUGCACCUUUUUCAUUUUCAUAAGUACAAGCACUUGCAUUGCACUUAAUAUAUAGUGCAGCCACAUUGAGCUACUAUGACAAUGGCUGCUUCUGCCCCAGAGCCCACCCCAGGCAUGGAGCUAAAGACCCCAGCCACUGGAGGUCUUAGCACUAACUCUGUCCCCACAGCUACCAUGUCCACACAGAGACUUCGGAAUGAGGACUAUGCUGACUACAGCUCCACUGACGUGAGUCCGGAUGAGAGCCCAUCUGAAGGUCUGAACAACUUCUCUUCUUCAGGCUCCUACCAGCGCUUUGGGGAAAGCAGCAGCACAACAUGGUUCCAGACCUUGAUCCACCUGUUAAAAGGCAACAUUGGCACAGGACUCCUGGGGCUGCCCCUGGCAGUGAAAAAUGCAGGCAUCUUGAUGGGUCCCCUUAGCCUGCUGGUGAUAGGCAUCGUGGCUGUGCACUGCAUGGGUAUCCUGGUGAAAUGUGCUCACCACUUCUGCCACAGACUGAACAAGCCUUUUGUGGACUAUGGGGAGACAGUGAUGUAUGGACUGGAAUCCAACCCUAUCUCCUGGCUCCGGAACCAUGCACACUGGGGAAGGCACACUGUGGACUUCUUCCUGAUUGUCACGCAGCUGGGGUUCUGCUGUGUCUAUUUUGUUUUUCUGGCUGACAACUUUAAACAGGUGAUAGAAGCAGCCAAUGGAACCACCAACAACUGCCACAACAAUGAGACGGUGAUUCUGAUGCCCACCAUGGACUCGAGACUCUACAUGCUCACCUUCCUGCCAUUCCUGGUGCUGCUGGUUUUCGUUAGGAACCUUCGAGUCCUGUCCAUCUUCUCCCUAUUGGCCAACAUCACCAUGCUGGUCAGCCUGUUCAUGAUCUACCAGUUCAUUGUUCAGGGUAUCCCAGACCCCAGCCGCCUCCCCUUGGUGGCACCCUGGAAGACCUAUCCUCUGUUCUUUGGCACAGCCAUUUUUGCAUUUGAAGGCAUUGGGAUGGUUCUGCCUCUUGAAAACAAAAUGAAGGAUCCCCGGAAAUUUCCAGUCAUCCUGUAUGUGGGAAUGGGCAUUGUCACUACCCUCUACAUCAGCCUGGGAUGUCUGGGGUACCUGCAAUUUGGAGCUGAUAUCCAAGGCAGCAUAACUCUCAACCUGCCUAACUGCUGGCUGUACCAGUCGGUGAAGCUGCUCUACUCCAUUGGCAUCUUCUUCACCUAUGCCAUCCAGUUCUUCGUCCCAGCCGAGAUCAUCAUCCCCUUCUUCGUGUCCCGCGUGCCUGAGCAUUGGGAGCUGGCGGUGGACCUGUUGGUGCGCACCAUGCUGGUUUGCCUGACAUGCAUCUUGGCCAUCCUCAUCCCCCGCCUGGACCUGGUCAUCUCCCUAGUGGGCUCCGUGAGCAGCAGUGCCCUGGCCCUCAUCAUCCCACCCCUCCUGGAGAUCACCACCUACUACUCAGAGGGCCUGAGCCCCCUCGCCAUCGCCAAGGACGCCCUGAUCAGCAUCCUGGGCUUCGUGGGCUUUGUGGUGGGGACGUAUGAGGCUCUCUAUGAGCUGAUCCAGCCAAGCCCUGCUCCCAGUUUUUUCAACUCCACCAGUGCCUUUGCAUAGCCUUCUGGGUGCAUUUCCUGCACCUGCCCACCCCACCUCUGUGUGUUCCCUAGCACCUGGCUCUAGGGCCUCAGGGAGGGUCCAGGCUCUGGGGAAAAUCAAGGUUGCUGUUCAGAAACCCUGCUACCUGGCACCUAGGUGCUCUGGGCCAGACCUGAGGGCAAGGUGGAGAGUGGGUAGCAGAUAUGCAGUAGGUACCUUUAGUGGCAGUGCCAUCAUUGUUCAUUUGUACUUACUUUAACCCAGAACUUUACAACUGUUUUUCCUCAUCAUGCCUCCUCCCUUACUUGCACUCUCCUCUGACCCACCUCCCCCAAAUUAUUCUUGUUGCACAGCUCACUUUAUUUAAAAAUUUUAGUGUCUCCUUUCCUGGUCCAGGCCUAGAUGAAGUAAGUAAGAACUCCCCUCUUUAAAAAGCUGGGCCUAUCUCUUUCUCAUCUCUCUCCCCAAUAUUUUACCUCAAUAUUCACCUACCUAUUCAAGUCUCCAUCAGGUGUCUGGAUGUCCCUAGUAGUUUAAAACCAGCCCCCAAAGCUGGAGUUUUUAAUUUUUACUCUCUCUGGCUUGCUAUGAGUGGCAACACCUCCUCUCUAAUUCCUUGUGUGGGUCACAAUACUAUGUUCUUAGCUGCUUUAGCUCCUGAAAAAUAUCAAGUGCUGCCUCAAUGGAAGAUAUUUAUAUUUUAUUUAAAAUUAGCUUUUUUUUCUUAGACUCUAUAUCGGGGGUUAUUGUGACUCGUUCCUUCCUCAGUACACUGGUACUGA